AAUCAAUACAUGACGGGACACGCUACUUUUCCCUAUCCCCAUUAUUAUCUUCAUCUUUACAUGUCCCCCAUUUCAGUAUGCAUAUCCUAUCCCUCGGCGCAUUAUAGCAACGAGCCGUGAAAACAUGAAGCAUCCAGUUGCAGAAGCAAACGAGGAGAGUCCAUUCGGCUCACUGAGCCAAUCCGAAUUCUACUCUCACCACUCAGUAACUCACAACUCCGAAUUCAUCACCAAUUCACGAGGCCUUAAGCUUUUCGCUCAGUGGUGGACCCCACUCCCUCCGGCGAAAAUCGUCGGCGUUGUCUGUGUCGUCCACGGCUUCACCGGCGAGUCCAGCUGGUUCGUUCAGCUCACCGCCGUUCACAUAGCCAAACACGGAUUCAUCGUCUGCGCUAUUGAUCACCAAGGCCAUGGAUUCUCCGACGGCCUUGCCGCUCACAUACCGGACCUAAAUCUCGUCGUUAACGACUGUAUUAGUUUCUUCGAUUCGUUUCGGAAUCUCCACGCGCCGCAGUCUCUGCCGUCGUUCCUUUACGCUGAGUCCCUCGGCGGCGCUAUCGCGCUGCUAAUCACUCUCCGGCAGGGUGAUUCUGCUCCCCGCCGACCGUUCGACGGUGUCGUUUUGAAUGGAGCUAUGUGUGGGAUUAGCAAUAAGUUUAAACCGGCGUGGCCUUUGGAGUAUCUCCUUGAUAUUGCCGCUUUUUUGAUCCCGACUUGGCCAGUAGUUCCCACUCGCGGCUCGUUGCCUAUGGUUGCGUUCAAGGAGGAGUGGAAGAGGAAGCUGGCAAUAGCCAGUCCAAAGAGGCCACUUAUGAAGCCACGCGCAGCGACGGCGCGUGAGUUGAUGAGGGUAUGCAGGGAGUUACAGGGGCGAUUCGAAGAAGUGAAGGUGCCAUUUCUGAUAGUACACGGCGGUGAUGACGUCAUUUGCGAUCCAGCCUGUGCGGAGGAGCUGUAUCGACGAUCGAUAAGUAAUGACAAGACUUUGAAUAUAUAUCCGGGAAUGUGGCAUCAGCUGAUCGGCGAACCAGAGGAAAAUGUGGAGAAAGUGUUCGGAGAUGUUGUGGAGUGGCUUAGAACGAGAGCUGAGAAGACCACCGUGGACGGCGGCGCGUAGGGAAGUGUUUGAAUGGAAGUUGGUUUGAAUAUUGUAGUUGAGGAGUGGUUGGUUAAUUGUUAAAGAUGUGCUGAGGUAGUUAAGAAAACAGCAAACAGUGUGAUCCGUAACUCAAAAGGACCAAAAAUAACUUUGUACAAGCAUUAUGCUGAACAAUAGGAGUAACUGCUAUUCAACCUCAAACUAAUUGAGGUCACGUGGCUUCAUUUUAAACUUGUACCCAAAUGCAAUAUUUGAAUAUUUAGGUUAUUUAAGACUAAAACAUAAUCCCUAGAGUCACUUUUACUCGUU